AAAACCAUCUCAAGUUUUCAGCAACAUAAUGGCUCACAACUUUCCUCUCGAUGUAUGGGGUUGGAUCACCAACCUACCUCCAUUCUCCCAGUGGCGCUCCAACGCCAUGUCCCUUUGCAUCUGCCCCAUGCCAUCAGCAUCAGUAUCAUCACAGCCAUCGAUUAACCUAUCGGUUGUCAAAACCCCUCCGACACAGCCCUCCUUUGUCACCUUCUCCAUCUUUGCAAAUUGCCGUGUACCGAUUUCUCUGUGGACAUCAAAACCAGUCCACCUGAAAUCAAAGACACAGAGGGCUCUAGAUGAACAAGAAAUGCUAGAGUUGUUUGUCGACAUUGUGGACAGGGUGCUGCAAUAUGGACCAGACAAGAAACCGUCCUUUCGGUUUCCUGGAGCACAGAUUCAAGGCAAUCUGAAGGGCGUGUUUAACAUAGUUUUCCUGUCCCUGGCCUUCCUAGUUUGCAUCUAUGAGGCUCCCCAUGAUCUCCGCUAUCAAUGCCUGGAAUCCCUGAGAACACAGCUGACUGGGCCAAAGUGCAAAGAUGCUGCAAAGACCCUUGUCAGAAUGUUAGGAGCAAACCUUGAGGACCAAUGGAUGCAGGCAAUGAAUCUUGCAGUGACUAACUGGAUUGUUGAGCUACGAUCCUCACACCAUUCAUUUGGGGCGCCAUCACCACUGUUCUCAUAUGCUCUUUCAGCAAGCGGGCUCUGGAAGGUCCAGCUGUACUGCCCAGUCAUUGCCAUGGGCAUGGAAGAACCUGCAGUGCCAACACAAGAUGAGCGCCUUCUGUUUUCGCUUACUUAUCAGCAACUUGAAGGUGUGAUUCAGCUUGCCUACAAAACAAUCAGAAAGAACAACUGGAUUGAUGUUGAAUUAAAGGUGGAUAACAUAAGGUGUGAUGUGGACUCUUUGGUCUCUGAGAUCCUUAUGACCGAACGUGGACUUGGCUCUGAGGAGAAGCACUUUCCAUCACGUGUCAUGCUGCAAAUCACACCUAUGCAACAAUCAGAGGUCCUGUCGGUUUCAGUCAGCAAGUCCUCCGACAACCCCACGCAUGAAUUUGGCCUUGAGAAGGGCAUUGAAGGUUCAUUUGACCCCCCAAACUCAUUUGGUCUGAAGGCAUCAGUCAGCGAAAGCCUCACACUGGCCAUGAAACCCUGGAAAUUUGAACAGUCUGUGCAUGGGAACACUGCAACCUUGAACUGGUUUCUGCACGAUGGUGUAAACGGAAGGGAGGUUUAUUCCUCAAAGCCUUCCAAGCUCUCCCUGCUUCAGCCAAGGGCCUGGUUUCGUGACAGGUACUCAACUGUGUAUCGCCCAUUCACAAAGAAGGGUGGCGUCAUUUUUGCACGUGAUGAAUAUGGCGACAGUGUCUGGUGGAAGGUCUGUGGUGCAGCACUAGGGAAGACCAUGGACUGGGAGAUCAAAGGCUGGAUUUGGCUGACAUACUGGCCUAACAAACAGAAGACCUUUCACAGUGAAACAAGGCGGCUUGAAUUCAGAGAAUGUCUGCAACUUCCCCUUACAGAAUUUCCAUGAUGUAUCUUUUAGUAGUUUGAAUGACCAUAGAGCGCUAUGAGCCUAUAAUGCUGUACUAGUAUGCUAGGUAUUUAAAAAUCCAUAUGCAUGUAACAUUGUACUAUUGUACUUUAUCAUACUUUUAUGCAUCCAGAAAUAACUUCCUAAUAUAUGUGUUUGAG